CUUUUAUUUAUUUUAUUUGAAAAAAACCAAAUGUUUUCAUAAUAUUCGUGUUAUGAGUUGAUGGUGUAAAGUAUUUUAAGCCAUAAAACAAAAAAUAUGGAUGAAUUAAUUGGUCCAAAUGUGAAAAUUGUCUUGGAGGUUAUUGAAGGUCAGCAAUUUGGAUUUUUACAGAAUCCUGUGUAUGUUUUAGCCAGUCUAAAUGGCUUUAUAUUAGAAUCAAAUUCAGUUGGACCAUGUGAUAACCCCGCAUUUGGUACAAAUUUAAUAUGGCAAGCGGAUAAAAAAGGACUUCGAUUAAUGCGUACGGGUAAUAUUCCAUUAAAAGUUGAAUGUUUUACAACGAAUCAACAAAAUUGUAAAGAACGAAUUGGAUAUUUGUUGCUGAAUUUAAGAGCUAUACAAAUAUUACCUUCCGGCAAGGCAUCACAAAUAAAACAAAGUUGGAAUAAAUUAAUGGGUGUUAAAAAUGAGGCAAAAGCACAUCGACCAGAAAUAUUAUUAUCAUUUUACGUUGAAGAUGAUGAUAAACUUGAGGCUGAGGAACCUUGCUGUGAGAAUAUAACAAAUAUUGUUCCACCAUCUGCAAUAAAUGCAGUCUCACCACAACGUGGUGUACCAACAAUUGUACCACGUUUAUGUUCGGAGGAAGGUCUUAUACAAAUCGGUCCAGAAGAUACUUGUACAGAUAUAUUUUUGUUAAGUAUUUUAAUUGGGACUGCUGCUAAUUUAGAUAUGCUCCUCACAGAUUCCCAACAACAGUCUGGCGAUGCAACAGAAUCAACAGGAACUUAUUCAUUUUGGUAUUCAAUAUUUGGACAUUUCAUACAAACAAAACCAUUUAAUAAAAAUUUAUCUGAACCGUGUACACUAAAUGAGAAAAUUGUUUUACGUUUACGUAGUUCAUUACGUGUAUUAAAAAUCUAUUUUACUGAAGUCUCUUUAAUGUUUUUGAAAUUAAUAUGUGGCACGAAUGAAAUUGGUUAUGCAAAUAUGGAAUUAAAAAAUUUAGUACCAACAGAAAAAUUAACAGAAUUUUUUACACUUUAUGCGAUUAAUAAUACCGUUACACAGAAUCAACGAUGUUAUUUACAUACAACACAUGGAGGUCGUACACCAACGGACAUGCAUGGACGCAAACCAUUUAUUAAUAUGGAAGUGAAAUUAAAAUAUGUUCAACCACCAAAGGAUACAUACAAUGGUGAUACAAUGCGUGACGUGACAUUACGUAGCACAAGUUUAACUGGUUUGGAACCGAAAGCAGUUAGCAGUUGUUAUCAGGAGCCUACACCACGUGUAUUAAACGAAGGUGGCGAUUAUAAUCCAACAAAUUUAACGGUCAAUGCAUUCAACAAAAUCUCACCAAAACCUCCAGGCGCAUCAUCUUCUGCAUCAACUGGAAAUAUUUUAAAUCCUAAGGUCAAUGCUAACUUUCCACAUGUAACACAAUCAACAGACAGUGCCUUAAAACCAGGUCUCGUCGGUGGUUUAACUCUAUCACCACGAACAAUCGCAGAAACACAUCGUGAUCAACUAGAAGUCUACCAUCAUUACGGAUUAAACAUCGGUGUCAAAUCGCUUACACUCCAGAACAAUGCUAAGUGCUUGAAUAAACAUAUCCAGUUAAUAUUUCAUCAUCCAAAAGCUGCUGAAGUGAUAUAUUCCACACAUCCAGCCAUAUAUGUUACAGAUUUCCAGGAUUCAAUACACUUACAUGAUAAUGUUAAAUGUCGUAUUAAUUUUGUAUCAACACCAGAAGAAAUUGGACGUUUAUUGUUGGCAUGGCCUCCAAAAAUUUCGUUAUGCGAACGAAGUUGUACAAAUGAUACAAAAUUUCCUACAUUAUUAGGUGAAACGUCAUUAGAUACAAGUUUACUCUUCCAAGAAGAGGCGAACGUAGACUACACUGCAAAUUUAUUAGAGCCAAUAACAAAAGCUAUCGUUGGAGAAAUAAAAAUUGCAAUGUUCAUCGAAGAUUACGGUGUAAAAGAGAAUAAAGAUAUCGUAAAUUCCGAUCAUGUUUUGGGACCACCAAUCUUAGAUGAGCGGAUCGCGUAUAAACUUGUGGAAGAGUUGGAAGAUUGGAAAGAACGUCAACAAGAAAUGUUUAAAGUUGAAUUAAAGCGGAAAGAAGAAUCUCGAUUAUUAUUGUUAAGUACUGAAUGGAAUGUUCGCCGGGCUGAGCUGGAAGCAAAAUUAAGUCAUGGUGUUGAAAAAUGUCGUAUACUUGCUUCGAAUUUAUCAAAAGCAACGGAAGAACAACGAAUACGAUCUGUUAAACAUUUAGAAGCUGAAAAUAAGUUUAGAAAAUUGAAAGAAGAAUUAGAACAAAGUUUCGGAAUGAAACAUCAAGAUCUUCGAGAAGCCACUCGGCGAUUGGAUGAUGAAUAUACUCAUAAAUUAAAUGUAAUAAAAAAUGAAAAUUUAGAAUUAACAGUGAAAAUUAGUGCAUUAGAACGUGAAAAUGCAUUACUGAAAGAUACAAUUAAAAAACAUGAAGCACAAUUAGAUGAUUUACGAAAAACAAGUUUAACCAAAGAUCAAACCUCAACGUUAUUACAAGAACAGAGAGCAUUAGAAGAGAAAUUAGAAGCGAGCACUAAAUCAAAAGCAUUUUUUAAAGAAGAAUGGGGUAAAGCUGUUCGAGAAAUUCAUCGUAUGAAAGCUGAACAUCAAAAACAGUUGCAAACACAAAUACGUCUUAAUAAACAAGAAUUGUCUAGUUUAGGAUUAAAGAAUUUCUUAAAUGAAGAGGAAGCGGAACUGAAAAAAGAUCGAAAUGUAUUGUCACAAAUUCGAUCUGAUUUACAAAAUUUAAAAAUGUCUGAACAAAAUAUUCAAUCUUUUAAUUUUAAUGACGAAAAUAUUAAUUAUACAACAAGCAGACCCGAUUUAUUAGAAAUGGAUUCCGAAGAAAAAAUUGCAAUGUUAAUUGAAGAGCGUGAUGCAUUGUUACGUACAGGAAGUUACAGUGAACAGGAUCCAGUGAUAAUAAAAUUAAAUCAAGAAUUACAACAAACAAUAAAUCAU